AUGAGUGCCAAAUGGUUGCUUUUCUUGCGAUCAUUUCUCUUAGCCAUCCUCAUGCACCUUGCAGCAUUUUCCACACCAAUUCACAAGGCACCAGCACUGAACGGCACCAACGUUGAUCGUCUAGCAUUGCUUGCUAUUAAAUCCAUGAUUAAAGGUGACCCACAAGGUCUCUUGACCUCAUGGAACCAUUCCAGCACUGAUUUCUGCCAAUGGCAAGGUGUUACAUGCAGCCCUCGCCACCAAAGAGUCACCCACUUGAACCUCUUACAUGGAGGCUUGAUUGGUACGUUGUCUCCCUCCAUCGGAAAUCUAAGCUUUAUCAGGGUCAUUCGGCUUUUUAACAACUCAUUUUCUAGUCAAAUUCCACCUGAAAUUGGUCGUCUCUUUAGAUUACGACAGCUACGUCUUCGUAACAACUCUUUCACGGGAAACAUUCCAGCCACCAUAAUGAAUUGCUCAAACCUCCAAGUCCUUAACUUGGGUAACAAUAAUCUGGUCGGCAAGAUCCCCGAUUGGAUCGGUUCAUUUUCCAUGCUAAGCUUCCUCGCCCUCAACGAUAACAUUCUACAUGGCGGAAUUCCACUUGAAAUCGGGCGUCUCUUUAGAUUACAAGAACUAUAUCUUUAUAACAACUCUUUCACUGGAAAUAUUCCGGCCACCAUAAAAAAUUGCUCCAACCUCCAAGUCCUUAGCUUGGGUAAUAAUAAUCUGGUCGGCAAGAUCCCGGAUGGAAUUGGUUCAUUGUCUAUGCUAACCCUCCUCUCCCUUCACGAUAACAUUCUACAAGGCGGAAUUCCACCUGAAAUUUGGCGUCUCUUUAGAUUACAAACACUAGAUCUUUAUAAAAACUCUUUCACUGGAAAUUUAUUGUCUAUCCAUCCUACACUUCAUACGCUCGACUUAAGUUUUAAUAACUUUGGGGGGAAAUUACCUUCUCUCACAAACGGUUCGGCUUUAAAAAUUUUGGACCUAUCAGAUAACUAUUUUGUUGGAUCAUUACAUAAUUUGGUUUGUUCCAAUGGGGUGAACACGACCGAGUUGGUUGAUUUGGGAUAUAAUCAGUUGUCGGGUGUUAUUCCGGAGUGUUGGGAGAAGUGGUCGAGCUUGAAAGUCUUAUACUUGGAUAGUAAUAAUUUGUCUGGUGAGAUUCCAAGAACAUUGGGCUCUGUACCUUUGUUGCAAUUAUUGGCCAUGAGUGGGAACAUGAUUUCAGGAAGCUUACCUUCUUCCCUAAUGAAUCUGUCAUACUUAAAGAUCCUUGAACUUGAAAAAAAUAAUCUUGCAGGAAUCAUUCCACCAUGGAUUGGAAUGAAACUCACUAUGUUGAAAAUUCUCAAUCUUAGAUUCAACAAUUUUUACGGAAAUACUCCUAACCAGCUAUGUUAUCUUUCACAUGUUCAAAUGUUGGAUCUCUCUCAUAAUAACCUCUCAGGAAAUAUUCCUAGAUGCUUCAACAACUUUAGUGUGAUUUCGGGCAAAGAAACUAAUUUAGAGGUUCAAUUUUCAUUCAGUUUUGGCAAAGCUACUUUUACUGUUUAUGAAUUAUUGGUGAUGAAGGGACGAGAAGGCACUUACGCAUCUUUUCUAGGACUAGUCACGCUUUUGGACCUUUCAAGCAACAAUUUUUCUGGGCAGAUCCCUAGUGAGCUUACGGCCCUCCACAAGUUAAAAUCAUUGAAUUUAUCAAGAAAUCAAUUGACAGGACAGAUCCCGAAUAAGAUAGGAGACAUGAAAUCACUUGAGUCUUUUGAUUUAUCAGUAAACUAUCUUUCUGGGGAACUUCCUAUGAGUUUGUCAGGGUUGAAUUUCUUGAGUAGCUUUAACGUGUCCUACAACAAUUUGACAGGAAGAGUUCCAACAGGUACACAAAUUCAAAGCUUCAAUGAGUCCAGUUUCAUUGGAAACAAACUUUGUGGAGCUCCACUAACUAAUGAUUGUGUACAUGUUCACAAACCUGAUACAACAAGCGACCAAAAAGAAGACGGUGGAUCACACAAAGUAGAUUGGGUGUUGAUUAUUAGCAUAGCGCUUGGAUUUAUUAUUGGGUUUUGGGGCAUUGUGGUUUCAUUAAUGCUCAACAGAUCCUGGAGAAUCACAUAUUUCCGUCUCUUGAGGAAAUUGAUCAAGGUAUAA